AUGUCGAAAGAUAUUGCUUCUAUGAGAGAAAUACAACACAACCGACAACUCAUUAUGCAAGCUCUAAAUAAGAACACAACAAACUUUUCAAACUAUUCUAAGAUAUCUGAGUCAUUGAAAGAAGGAAACUUAAAACUGACAUUAAACCCAAUGACAGAUGAGUUUCUGUUUCAAGACAAUAAGAACCAUACUGUCUGUAUAAAUCCAACAAAAGGAACUUUAAACGAGAAACCUAUAAAUGAACUUCUUUUGAAAGUAGAUGUUGACAACAAAGCUGACAAAGAAUAUGUAGACGAUGCAAUAGCAAAAGAAGAAGAAAGAGCUAACAAUGCUUAUGCAACAAAAGAACAUACUCAUCCUGAACUAGCAGACAAAACAUAUGUUGACAAUAAAAUGUCAAGUGAAGUGACGAGAGCUGAAAACGAAUAUUCUAAAAAGACUCAUACACAUUCUAUAUCUGAAAUAACAGACUUAAACGUUAGCCUUGAAAAUAAGGUAGAUAAGGGACUUAUGGCUAGUGUGUUAGUGAAGAAGGCGGAUAAGGAAUAUGUGGAUGAAAAAGAUAAAGAAAUUAUAGAAAGGGUUGACUGGUACCAUGAAUGGACAUCGAAGACUUUUAAAGUUAAAGCCGAUACAGGAUGGGUUUCAGGAUGUUUAGACCUUAAAGCAGAUAAAACUUAUGUUAACGAUGAGUUAGAGAAGAAAGCAGACAAGAACCAUACACAUACAAGUUUUACAACUGUUGCUAUAGAAAGUAUUGAAGGAACGGUUGAAGAAACUGGUGGGGAUGCAAUAUAUUGUAAACCUCCUAACUUUCCACAAGGUUUAACAUCGGAUGACGACAUAACGACGAUGAGAAACAUUAGAUGUAAAGAUGUUUAUGUCAUGAAGGAUGAAUAUAAUACUAAAUUCACUGCUCAAGAUUUAUAUGACAAGAAGGCUGACAAAACAGAGCUUCAAACAUUAAAGACAGAAAUGCUUCAAACAUUAUAUCCUAUAGGCUCUAUUUAUACGUCAAUGAACUCAACAAAUCCAGAAACAGUUCUGGGUUUUGGAACUUGGACUCAAAUAGUCGACAGGUUUUUGUAUUGUGCAAACUCUUCAAAGGAAACAGGUGGAAGUAAAACGAUUUCAGGUGAAAAUUUACCUGCACACAGUCACUACAUAGAUUUAAGUACAUCUCAAGCAGGUUGGCAUAAGCAUAAAUUUUGGGAUUGGUCAGCAAUGAAAAAAGGUAAAGGAUAUGAUGUUAAAGACGACGUUCAGUUUGCUAUAAAUUGUUUCUGGGGUGACACUCAGGGAGAUGGAAACCAUACACAUCGCGUUUCAGGGUAUACGCAAACAACGGGACAAAGUAAAGAAUACAUGCCACCUUACAUGACAGUUUACGCAUGGUAUAGAAUUGCUUAG